AGUUCACUCCUGGACGCACCCGGAACAUCGUGAGAGCAAAAAUGAGAAUCCUGCUUUACGUGGCAGUUGCCGCCCUCGCGGUUACGGCAGUACUGUCGGAGGAGACAGCGAAAGUCGAGAAAUCGGUAGAGAAGACCGAGAAGAAACAAGAGAAGCGUGGUCUGCUAGGUCUCGGUUACGGUUACGGUUAUGAUGGCGGAUAUGAUAUUGGAUCUGGUGGACACAUCGGCCUUGAUAUAGGCGGUGGAUAUGGUGGAUAUGGUGGAUAUGGCGGAUACGGCGGAUACGGAGGAUACAUCGACGGUGGUCAUGAUCACCACCACGUCAAGACCGUGACCGUUGUGAAGAACGUCGCCGUGCCCUACCCCGUGGAGAAGCAUGUGCCCUAUCCGGUAGAGAAACCCGUACCGGUUCCCGUCAAAGUGCCCGUACCGCAGCCGUACCCAGUUGAGAAGCACGUGCCUUACCCGGUCAAGGUCCUCGUGAAGGUGCCCGUACAUGUGCCCCAGCCGUACCCGGUGGAGAAGAAGGUUCCCUACCCGGUGCACGUACCGGUCGACCGUCCCGUCCCGGUCAAGGUCUACGUACCGCAGCCUUACCCCGUCGAGAAGCACAUUCAUGUACCGGUAAAAGUACCAGUGCCGCAGCCGUACCCUGUUGAGAAGCACGUGCCUUACCCGGUCAAGGUCCCAGUCCAUAUACCCCAGCCUUAUCCAGUCGAGAAGCUCGUACCCUAUCCCGUCAAAGUCCCAGUCGACCGUCCCAUCCACGUGCCCGUGCCCAAGCCCUACCCCGUUCACAUUGAGAAGCCCGUGCCUUACCCAGUCGAGAAGCCGGUACCCUACCCCGUGAAGGUUCCAGUUGACAGGCCGUACCCAGUCCCGGUCGAGAGGCCCGUGCCAGUCGCGGUCAAAGUACCAGUACCGCAACCGUACCCGGUCGAGAAGCCAGUACCUUACCCGGUCGAGAGACCCGUGCCGGUAGCAAUCAAGAUUCCAGUCGACAGGCCGUACCCCGUUCACAUCGAGAAGCAUGUGCCUUACCCCGUGGAGAAGCCCGUACCCGUACCCGUACAUGUUAAAGUACCGGUGGCUGUGCCCAUCCAUCACGAGCCCAUCCACCACGAGCCCAUCCACCACGGCGGAUACUACGGUGGUGGAUACGAGGGUGGUGACUACGGUUACGGUCACCACUAAUAAUCGUUACCUCCCGGCUGGUUCUCCAUUGUCGUCGUGCAAGAAACUUCAUCGCGAUGACGACGGAUAGCCGUAUGGACCUUGUCUUAGGUUACAAAGGUUACCGAUCCGAAACGUUGCCGUGCGGCACAACGAUAUCUCCGCCACUUUGUACCUGGAUCGGAUUCGGGGACGAUCUCUGGUAGACGAUCGCGUACCGGGUCAUCGUACCUUCGAAUCCGAUCGCAACGAGGACGCGGCACGGCGACGUGUGCCAGUUAGGAAGAACGAAUGACCAGUAGGGAUGUACUCGUCUUUAGCGAUCUUCGCUCGAGAGCAACUCGCUUGUCUUACUUUUGUACCGAUAUUAGCAAAGUAUAUGUAUUUUUUUACGGAAAACGAAAUAAAUAUUAAUGUAAAGUA